UAAUGCUCUACCAGUCAGGUCUGAGUGGACAUUAGCAGGCUCAACACAGUAGCAGCGGUGACUGCCUGACUGACUCCUGCCUCGCAGGGUGGAGUUUCGUGAAAACACCGUGUCCGUAUCCCGUAUAUCUAACGGUUUGUACAGCUGUGUGAACGGUGCACCUACCGUCUGUUGUGAACCAGUGGAAACCGGAGCUGACAUGCGAAUGUAGCCCGUUAGCAAGCGAGCCAGGCCGAGGAGCGCUGGCUGCUCGUCUCCUUCAUCCAGACAGGAGCGUAAAUGUUCAACACGAGCCGGUUAACCGAGUUCCGCGACGCUGAAGAGGAUGCGCAAGGACGUGAGGAUAUUGUUGGUGGGAGAGCCCAAAGUGGGGAAGACGUCUCUCAUCAUGUCGCUGGUCAGCGAGGAGUUCCCAACCGUGGUUCCCUACCGAGCUGAGGAAAUCACCAUACCUGCAGAUGUCACACCAGAGAGAGUCCCCACACACAUUGUGGACUACUCGGAGGCCGAGCAGACCGACGAGCAGUUGUUUCAGGAGAUCUCCAAGGCAAAUGUGAUUUGCAUUGUCUACUCUGUCAACAACAAGACCUCCAUUGAAAAGGUGACGAGCCACUGGAUUCCCCUCAUUACUGAGAACAGGGACAAGGACAGCAGGGUUCCUCUGAUUCUGGUGGGGAACAAGUCUGACCUGGUGGAACACAGCAGUAUGGAGACCAUACUGCCCAUCAUGAACCGGCACAGUGAGAUAGAGACUUGUGUCGAGUGUUCAGCAAAGAACCUGAAGAACAUCUCAGAGCUGUUCUACUACGCACAAAAGGCGGUCCUGCACCCCACAGGUCCUCUUUACUGUCCGGAGAGAAAAGAUAUGAAGCCACUUUGUGUCAAAGCCCUGACUCGAAUCUUCAAAGUGUCUGACCUGGACAAUGAUGGGAUUCUCAACGAUCAUGAGCUCAAUUUCUUCCAGCGGACGUGCUUCAACACCCCGCUGGAGUCUCAGGCGUUGGAGGAUGUGAAAAAUGUGGUGAGGAAGAAUUUGAGUGACGGAGUGUGCGACAACGGACUCACUCUGAAAGGCUUCCUGUUCCUCCACACCUUGUUCAUCCAGCGAGGGCGCCAUGAAACCACGUGGACAGUGCUGAGAAGGUUUGGGUACGACGACGACCUGGAGUUAAAUCAGGACUACCUCUUCCCUCCGUUGAAGCUCCCUCCAGACUGCACCACAGAGCUCAACCACAAUGCCUACCUCUUCCUCCAGAGCGUCUUUGACAAACAUGACAAGGACCGCGACUGUGCCUUGUCACCGGAGGAGACGAGGGACCUGUUUGAUGUGUUCCCCUACAUGCCCUGGGGUCCAGAUGUCAAUAAUACAGUUUGCACUAAUGACCAGGGCUGGAUCACCUACCAGGGAUAUCUCUCCCAGUGGACGUUAACAACAUAUCUGGAUGUCCAACGAUGCCUGGAGUAUUUGGGUUACCUCGGCUACUCAAUAGUUGCUGAGCAGGAGUCCCACGCAUCGGGAAUUACAGUGACCAGAGCUAAGAAGAUUGACCUGCAGAAGAAGCAGACCCAGCGCAGCGUCUUCCGCUGUAAUGUCUUUGGAGACAUUGGUAGCGGCAAGAGCGGCUUCCUGCAAGCGUUCCUGGGUAGAAACCACAUGCGCCAAAAAACGAUCCGAGAGGAACACCGAUCCUACUAUGCCAUCAGCACCACCUAUGUUUACGGCCAGGAGAAAUACCUUCUCCUUCACGAAGUGUUCCCUGACUUCGACUACCUUUCUGAUGCCGAUCUGGCCUGUGACAUUGUCUGCCUGGUCUAUGAUGUCAGCAACCCGUACUCCUUUGAGUACUGCGCCAAAGUCUUCAAGCAAUACUUCAUGGACAGCAAGGUCCCGUGUAUGAUGAUAGCAGCGAAGUCAGACCUGCCCGAGAUCAAACAGAUGUACGGCUGCAGUCCUCUGGAGUUCUGUAGGAGGCACAAGAUGCCACCCCCCCAGUCCUUCACCUGUAACACUGCAGCAGCACCCAGCAGAGACAUCUACACCAAACUUACCACUAUGGCCAUGUACCCCCACGCUCGGCUGCGCUGCAUGUGCACUUGUAACCGGUGCACCUUCUGCUUGUGUCAGAACUUCCUCAACUCUGAGCUGCUGCAGACGGUCAGGGCCAAACUCUACGCUGUUGUACUCAGAAGACGUGUAAGCCAAGCAGACCUGAAGAGCUCGACCUUCUGGCUGAGAGCGAGCGUCGGGGCCUCGGUGUUCGCCGUGCUGGGCUUCGCCAUGUACCGGGUGCUGCUCAAACCACGGUGAUUCUCAGGCACCCGUGUCCAACCCUCUUUACCCCCAUGGUACAUGUAGAGCUAUUUUGACCUGUCACGACAUUAGGCUGUCCAUCUUGCAUUUAGUAAACGAAAAUCUGUCUUUGUUUUGGUGGGAAGGGAAAACGUGUCAAAAACAUCCCUUUGUUUUGCAUUUUCAUUCCAUUGUCGAUUUCUCUUCAUGGGAAUAAAAACAGAACAAUAUUUAAUUUUGUACUAAAAUUGCUAAUUUCCUUAAUCUGUUUGUUUUCAAAUGUUUGCAAAGUAAUAUAUCUAUAUUUAUAUUAAAAUGAGGGUAAGCUGCUGAUGAGCUGUAGUGACUAACAUGAGGGAGUUGCAUACGUAUAUAGCUGUUUGGUUGCUUGCUGAAUGAAAUUAACAAUUUCAGCUGUGAUGGGGAUUGCGAAAUGUGAGGUUUGCAAUAACACUGAUGCUUUUAUUAGACUGAACUGUGUAAAUAGUAUAUAUAAUAUAGUUGACUGUAUAUUGGUUUGUCUUUGUUCAAAAGAGCCAUGUCUGACUCAAACUCAAAACACUGAAUGCAAAGGUAUAAUUAGCUCAACAGCCUGGUUAUGAACACACGCACAUUGCCGUUGAUAUUCACAAUGACAGAAAUCGGUUUGCCUUUCAGGCCUAAACAGUUGGAUGCACACUUUAUUUUUAACGUCUGUACGUCUCAGCAGGUCAGGGUUUGAUCAGUGGAUGUGAAUGUGUGGAAGGGUCUGCUGCGAUCUUGGUCACUUUUUCAUCAGCUCGUCUGUGUGUGUAUGCGCCAAGAUAUUUAACAUUGACACUUUACAUUCACUCUGUACAUUUUAUAUUUGCAUGCUUCUGAAUUUCCGAUCACAUUCCAGCGUUUUACGACUUACUGUACAAAAGAACCACCAAAAGUUCUCCACAUCGCUUUCCAUCUCCCAAUAAACCAGGGAUUGUAGUAGUAAAGUUUGAUAGGAGUGCUGACUGGUUAAGUUUGACAGCCCUUGUUGUGAUUCCCGCUCACCUCGACUGAUCGCAGAAAAUGCAAUAAUCUGGCCCCAGAUGUUAAUUUCCAUGCAAAUGGUCCAGUAUGAUGUAUUCACUCAGCCCUGCCUUUGUUUACAAUAAACAAAUAUCUGUAUGACAUCUGGUGUGAUGGAAUUUCCGUUCAGUUUCCAAGAGAUUUAAAGAUUUAGCCGAGCAACGGCCUGCUUUCGUGUGACUGCAUUAAGGUAAUUUGUCUCUCUUGUGUUUUUCUUAACAGCUGUGGGA